UUUUUGGGCCUUGAAUUGCACUAUUGGGCUUUCCUUUGCCAUGGGCUCUACAGAAACUAUAUAGGUUUACACUGAAUGAAAAUGGCGGGCUCCAACCCAAUUACUCCCACUCUAUAACGAAGCUCGCCAAAACCCUAGUGUUCUCCCAGCAGCUGCGGAGUACCAGUAAGCAAAUUUCUCGUCUUUCCCCUGUCCUCUCGCUGCGACCGAGCUCCGAAAAUGGUAGGAGAAGCAGAAGCUGGUAAAACGAUGGAGAAAGAGAUGGAGGUAGGAGAAGAAGAGAUGGAGGUAGGAGAAGAAGAUGCACCGAAACCCAGAGAUAUCCGACGACACUUUUGCAAAUACUGUGGAAUUUGCCGAUCCAAGAAGGCUCUCAUCGCGUCUCACAUCCUUUCCCAUCACAAGGAAGAGAUGAGCGAGGAAGAUUCAGAUGGAGAAGGGAAAGAGGAGAAAUCCAAUACUUGUGAGGAAUGCGGGGCUAGCUUCAGGAAGCCGGCGUAUUUGAAACAGCACUUGCUGAGUCACUCGCUUGAGGAAAUUUAUGCUGUUGUUGUUUUAAGUAAUUAAAACGACUUAACUGGAUUUGUUGCGGCGUGAAAGCAUUGGAUCCCAUAUCACAGAACUCCAAAAUGCAAGAGCGGACUUUGUUGGACUAGUAUCAGGUUGGGUGACCUCCUGAGAAGCUCCAUCAAGGCGAAAGCCUCGAAUCACGCACUAGAAAUAUCAAGAGGCCAUUUAGAUGUCCAGUGGAAGAUUGCCAUUCAAGUUACCGUAGAAAAGAUCACCUGACUCGGCAUUCCCUCCAGCACGAAGGGAAGCUUUUCGAAUGUCCAAUUGAGAGCUGUAGCAUGGAGUUCAUGUAUCAAGGCAAUGUGAAGAGGCAUAUUGAAGUUAUGCACAGUGAAUCAUCCAAUGACGUUGGAGGUUCAAAGCAAUGUGUUUGUGAGGAGCCUGGUUGUGGGAAGGCCUUCAAAUAUCCAUCGAGGCUUAAAAAACAUCAGGAUUCUCAUGUGAAGCUUGAUUCUGUUGAAGCCAUGUGCUUAGAACCGGGCUGCAACAAGCAUUUCUCGAACGAAAAAUGUUUGAGAGCCCAUAUCCAGACAGCCCACAGGUACAUGAAUUGUGAGAUUUGUGGUUCGAAGCAACUGCGGAAGAACAUCAAGAGACAUAUGAGAAGCCACGAAGCAGGCAGCGAGACAACAGAGCGGGUUGCGUGUCACCAUGAAGGCUGUAGUCUCACGUUUUCAUCUAAAACUAAUCUCAACCAGCAUGUGAAGGCUGCUCAUCUCAACGUCAAGCCUUUUGGCUGCAGUUUCCCUGGCUGUGGCAUGAGAUUCUCCUACAAGCAUGUUAGGGAUAAUCACGAAAAAUCCGGGUGCCAUGUCUACUCUUGCGGCGAUUUUCAGGAAUCUGACGAGCAGUUCCGAUCAAGACCUAGAGGCGGGAUGAAGAGGAAAUGUCCGACCGUUGAGACCCUCUUGACCAGGAAGAGAGUUUCUCUGCCACCAAACUUUGACUAGCUUUUGGUCCCGUCGGAAGAUAUGAAGAUUCUGAGUGUUUGUAAUUUCUUACAACGAGUAGUGUAUAUGUAUGAGGUGCAUGUAUGUAAUUAUUCACGUAUGGUAUAGUUUUGUUAGAGUUCAACGAAAGUUGUUAAAAUUAAACCGCAGACAUUUUCCUCUGUAGUAGUAUCUCAAAGUAGUGGUGAUAUAUGAAUUGUAUCGAUAUAUUGUAAUCAAAGCUUUUAGGCACAAGGCUCUUAAUGAGCCGAGCUAUUCGUGAGCGGCUCAGUCUCGAAUUUGAUAAAAGCUCGUUCAAUUAAAAAAAAGGCCGGCUCGUUAAUAAACGAGUUGAGUUUAAGCUCUA